AUGAAUUAAACAUAAACUAACUUAUCUUAAGUUAGAUAAAAAGAAAAAGUGUCACUGAAUGAUGGAUUACCAAAAAUAGACCCUAGAACUGUAAUUGAAGAACUUAAAAGUCAUUUGUAUUCAGAUGACAAUUUUAAAAAGUGUUAAUUAUUAUUGAUAUAGAUUAUUUUCUGAUGCAGAAGAUAAGAAAUACAGAGAAAAUUUUUAAUUGUUUGAUAGAGAUAAUGAUGAAAGAAUUAAUUUCACAGAAUUAUAAGAACUAUUGACUUCAAUUGGUUAUGUAUAUGAUGAAUAAGAAUUGAGUGAAUUGUAUAAAGAGCUUGAAGAUUCAGAAGGUCAAGGUAUCAGAUCAGAUGCUUUGUUCAUUCUUGUAAGCAAGAAAAAGAGAGAAUAAGAUAGAGAAGAAUAAUUAAUAGAAGGUACAACUCAAAUAUUAUUAAAAUAGCCUUUAAAUCAGUAGAUUUAGAAAACACAGGGUAUAUUUAAAGUGAAUACUUUAAAGAAUUAUUAAUGACAAUGGGAUAUAGAUUUACAGAAGAUGAAGCAGAUGAGUAUAUGAAAUUUAUUGAUCCUAAAAAUGAAGGGAAAUUCCUUUACAUUGAUAUUGUUAAGAAAAUACUUAAAUGA